AUGAGUUGGGAAGAAUUGAAAAGAAAGAUUUCAAAUGUAUUUGGAGGUCAUCGAUAUUCCUAUUACGAAUACAGUAGCUAUGGAAGUGGAGGAGAAGGAAGUGGAUUCCGAUUUACGAAUAUUCAAAAAAUCAUUGCUUUGAAUGUGGCUGUGUUUGUCUUGGCUAAUUUAUUCCUCACACGACAAGACAUUCUUGCUAAUUUGGGAGUUUCAUUGGACAAUAUCAAACAUGGCAAAAUUUACACCAUGUUCACAAGCAUGUUUACACAUAUUGAUUUAAUUCAUAUAUUCAUGAACAUGUAUGCAUUGAGUCAAUUAGGAAAAAUGAUGCCCAUGACUAGAAGAUUAUUGUGGCCAGCUUAUAUUUUCUGUGGUCUAGUGGCGUCUUCUGUUUAUUUACUUGAUAAAUGGAUUGGAAGUACUGCACUUCAUCGACCCCAUGAAUACUAUACCACUGGUAUUGGAGCCAGCGGAGCCAUAUUUGGUUUGUUAGCGUUUGUGACACAAGUACAUCCCUUCAUUCCAGUAGGCAUCUUCUUUUUACCCAUCCAAUUUAAAUUAAGGAAUUUCUUUUAUGGUGUCAUUGCCAUUGAGUGCUAUCGUUGGUACACGAACAGAGAUUCAUCCGUGAGUGCGAGUGGCCACUUGGGAGGAGCUUUGGGAGGAUACUUGUUCUACCUGAUGAAUCGUAAGAGACUUCUUUUUAAAAGGGUUAAAUGUUUGUAG